UUCUUAUCGUGUGGUGAAAAGUUGUCAAACCACAUUACAAGUCAGUGAAGAAAUGUUAUUAUAAGUCAAUGGAGCCUAAGGAUAAUCAUGGCUAGAGAAUUUAAGGGAGCUUUUUCUUGAAAAGUAAGACAGACCACCAUUGUUUCUAAACUAAACCCACACACACAAAAAAAUAAAGAUAGAGUAAGAACCUCCGUCGACGAGGAUGCCCACGUGCCUGCACCUCAGUGUCUGGUUCAUCUUGUGUAUAUUCGGUUCGAUUCACCUGGUUCGAUCUCAAAACCGAACCGGAGCCACUACUGAUCCCGACGAAGCGCGAGCUUUGAACUCCAUCUUUGCCGCUUGGAGGAUCCCUGCGCCCAGGGAAUGGAACAUCAGCGGCGAACUUUGCUCCGGCGCCGCCAUGGACGACGGCGUCACCAUCGACGACAAAGCAUACAACCCUCUUAUCAAAUGCGACUGCACGUUCAACGGCUCAACAAUCUGCCGCAUCACCGCCCUCAAGGUUUAUGCGAUGGAUGCUAUAGGACCUAUACCUCCACAGCUCUGGACUUUGACACUCCUUACAAAUCUGAACCUGGCUCAAAAUUAUCUUACGGGCUCCCUUUCCCCUGCAAUUGGAAAUCUGACUCGAAUGGAAUGGCUGACUUUUGGGAUCAAUGCCUUGUCUGGCCCCGUUCCCAAGGAAAUUGGUCUGCUUACAGAAUUGAAAUUGCUUGGUAUUAGUUCAAAUAAAUUUUCUGGCUCUAUACCAGCUGAGAUUGGGAAUUGCACAAAACUACAGCAAAUAUACAUGGAUAGUUCUGAUUUCACCGGGGCCAUACCUUCAUCAUUUGCUAAUCUUGUGGAGCUGCAAACCGCUUGGAUGAUGGAUCUGGGAGUUACAGGUCGUAUACCUGACUUUAUAGGAAGAUGGACCAAACUUACUGCCUUGAGAAUUGUCGGAACUGAUUUAAGUGGUCCCAUACCGUCGUCAUUUUCCAACUUAACUUCUUUAACAGAACUGAGGCUUGGUGAUAUAUCCAACGGAAGCUCUUCUCUUGAGUUCAUCAAAGACAUGACAUCUCUAAGUGUACUAGUAUUGAGGAACAGCAAUCUCACUGGGACAAUACCCUCUUAUAUUGGACAAUUCUCAAGUCUCAAACAAGUUGAUUUAAGCUUCAACAAACUACAUGGACCAAUUCCGGCUUCAUUGUUCAAUUUAAGUCAACUUACUCACUUGUUUCUGGGGAAUAAUACGUUGAAUGGUUCCUUGCCCACUCAAAAGAGCCAGACUUUGAGCAAUAUAGAUGUUUCGUACAAUGAUUUGUCUGGAAUUCCUCCUUCGUGGGUCAACUUACCGAACUUGCAACUCAACCUUGUUGCCAACAACUUCACCUUAGAAAGUCUUGACAACAGGGAUUUACCAGGACUGAACUGCCUGCAGAAAAACUUCCCUUGCAAUCGAGGCAAAGCAUUAUAUUCUGACUUUGCUAUCAACUGCGGAGGCCAACAAAUACGGUCAGCUAGCGGAGCAGUAUUUGAAAGGGAGGACGGGGCUCUUGGACCAGCUUCAUUCGUCGUGAGUGAUGAACAGAGAUGGGGAGCCAGUAGUGUAGGACUUUUUGGCGGUAGUAGUAAUAUAUACAUAGUGACUUUACUAUCACAAUUUAUCAACACUUUGGACUCGGAGCUUUUUCAAUCAGCAAGACUUUCCGCAUCUUCCCUAAGGUAUUAUGGGUUGGGGCUAGAAAAUGGAGGCUAUACAGUAACACUUCAGUUUGCUGAAAUACAAAUUAUUGGUUCUUCUUCAAACACUUGGAGAGGUUUAGGUAGAAGACGUUUUGACAUUUAUGUUCAGGGAAGACUUGUUGAAAGGGAUUUUGAUAUACGCAGAACAGCUAACGACUCUACCGUCCGAGCAGUUGUGAAAGAAUAUAAAGUUAAUGUAUCAGAAAAUUACAUCGAAAUUCAUCUUUUCUGGGCUGGAAAAGGAACAUGUUGUAUUCCCAUUCAAGGUGCUUAUGGGCCAUUAAUAUCUGCCGUCAGUGCAAAACCAGAUUUUAUACCAACUGUGGCUAACAAGCCACCAUCAAAGGGAAAUAACAGGACUGGAACCAUUGUGGGUGUCAUUGUUGGCCUGGGACUUUUGAGCAUCAUUGCGGGAGUGGUUAUCUUAAUCAUCCGAAAAAGAAGAAAGCGAUACACAGAUGAUGAAGAGAUACUGAACAUGGACGUGAAGCCUUACACUUUUUCUUACUCUGAACUUAAAACUGCAACUCAAGAUUUCAAUCCCUCAAACAAGCUUGGAGAAGGAGGAUUUGGGCCUGUUUAUAAGGGAAACCUGAAUGAUGGACGAGAGGUGGCGGUAAAACAGUUGUCGGUUGGAUCCAGACAAGGAAAGGGACACUUUGUUGCAGAAAUAGUAGCAAUUUCUACAGUUAUGCACCGCAACCUAGUAAAACUUUAUGGAUGUUGCUAUGAAGGAGAUCAUCGUUUGCUCGUCUAUGAGUAUCUCCCCAAUGGAAGUCUUGAUCAGGCACUAUUUGGAGGUGAUAUUAAAAAGACUUUACAUCUUGAUUGGCCAACCCGUUUUGAGAUAUGCAUGGGAGUGGCUAGGGGUCUAGCCUACCUCCACGAGGAGGGGAGUGUUCGAAUAGUACACAGGGAUGUGAAGGCCAGUAACAUUUUGCUUGACUCUAAUCUGGUCCCUAAAGUCUCUGAUUUUGGUCUGGCAAAGCUAUACGAUGACAAGAAAACCCACAUAAGUACCAAAGUGGCUGGGACCGUUGGAUAUCUUGCGCCCGAGUAUGCCAUGCGUGGACACCUAACAGAGAAAACGGAUGUGUACGCCUUUGGUAUUGUGGUACUUGAGCUAGUGAGUGGAAGGGGAAACGCAGAUGAGAGCCUUGAGGGUGAAAAAAGAUAUCUUCUCGAAUGGGCGUGGAAUCUACACGAGAAAAGUCAUGAAGUGGAGCUUAUUGAUCGUGAGCUAACUGAAUUCAACGUGGAAGAAGUGAAACGCAUGAUAGGCAUUGCUCUGCUGUGCACUCAAGCAUCUCAUGCUGUUAGACCACCAAUGUCACGAGUGGUGGCCAUGCUUUCAGGAGACGUUGAGGUGAGUGAGGUGACCUCUAAGCCAAUCUACCUACCCGACUGGAGAUUUGAUGACACCACAAGGUCCUCUUUCAGCGCCUUUCAAACCAAAGACACGGGCGCUUCUGGAUCCUACUCCACCAGCUUUGUGACGCCCGCAGAGAACGACUUUAAGCCUAUGCUUGGAGUCAAAAUCAAUGACGGGAGAUGAAACUGUCUCAUAUCCUCUUUGAUGAUGGCUAUGGAUAUGUUAAAGUGUAUAUGAAGGAGGAUUUAUCACAAUGUUCUUCUUUGGUUGGAUAAACGUACUUUUCCCUUCAUGUUAUGAAAAAAAGAAGAGAAACAUAUUUCAUUUCA